CCUCAGCGCCAUGCUGCGCUUUGGAGGCGCCGGGCUAGCGCGGGGCCUGCGGGCCGUACGGUCCGCAUGGCUGCCCGGUCCGCGCGGACUCCCGCUGGCCCUGGUGCGCACCGCAGGGGCUUCGGGAGCGCGGGAACGGCGAGCCCCUGCCCCCGGGACGCAGCGCGGGCGAACUCUCAGCCUGUCGGCCGCGGCCGUGGUGAACUCGGCGCCCCGCCCGCUGCAGCCCUACCUGCGACUCAUGCGCCUGGACAAGCCCAUCGGAACCUGGCUGCUGUAUUUGCCAUGCACUUGGAGCAUUGGGCUGGCUGCUGACCCAGGUUGUUUUCCAGACUGGUACAUGUUAUCACUUUUUGGCACUGGAGCUAUUCUGAUGCGUGGAGCAGGCUGUACUAUUAAUGACAUGUGGGACCGUGACUUCGAUAAAAAGGUUAUGAGGACAGCAAAUCGCCCAAUUGCUGCUGGUGACAUUUCAACCUUCCAGGCCUUCGUCUUCCUUGGAGGACAGCUGACCUUGGCACUGGGUGUUCUCCUGUGUUUGAACUACUACAGUAUUGCAAUGGGAGCAGCGUCCUUACUUCUUGUUGUCACCUACCCACUGAUGAAGAGAGUCACGUUCUGGCCUCAGCUAGCCUUGGGGCUGACUUUUAAUUGGGGUGCAUUACUCGGAUGGUCUGCUGUCAAGGGCUCCUGUGAUCCAGCAGUAUGCCUGCCUCUUUAUUUUUCUGGAGUUAUGUGGACACUGAUAUAUGAUACUGUGUAUGCCCACCAGGACAAAAAAGAUGAUGCUCUGAUUGGCCUGAAGUCCACAGCACUGCUGUUCAGGGAGGACACCAAGCAGUGGCUCAGUGGCUUUGCGGUUGCCAUGGUGGGAGCACUGAGCCUGGCGGGAGCCAACAGUGGUCAGACCAUCCCGUACUACGCUGCUGUGGCCAUGGUAGGGGCCCACCUGGCUCACCAGAUUUACACUGUAGACAUCCACAGAGCCAAGGACUGCUGGGAUAAGUUCACCUCCAACCGCACAGCAGGACUGCUCCUUUUCUUAGGGAUUGUCCUUGGAAAUCUGUGCAAAGAAAAGACAGAAGAAGCAAAAGAAGCCGCAGCCACUAGACUGGAAAGUGAGCAGACAAGCUGAGCGCCAUCCUUCAGGAAGCAGAGGCAGGAAAGCCAAGAGGUCAAGGCAUCGCGCGGCACAGUAGGACCCUGUCUCACAGAAGCCAACUGGCUAGAGCUGUAGUUCGUGGGAGAGUGUGUGGCAUCAUGCAAAGUGCCCAAGGCUCUGGGUUCUCUCCUAGCAAACAAACUUGUUUGUAAAAGUCUCAGGGCUUGAGACCGCAGUUAGAUUUGGAUGAGCAAUCUGUUAAAGAAGUAAGAAACUCUUGGGCAGUAUGUGCUGGAUUUUACUGCAGCUGUUUUCAAAUGCCUCCCUGUCCCAGCAGCCAGGGACUCAUGGGGUUGAGUAGACCCCAGUGUUUACACUGUGCAGCUUUCUGUCCUCGUUCCUUCUCAUCUGAAGUUUCAGGAACGUCAGAAAACAACUUGUGUAACGUAUCUAAUGCUUUGUAUGAAAUGGCCAUAUGCUUUAUUUUAUUUCUAAGAAUCUCCUGUGAGAAGUUGGGGCACCUUUACUCACUGCCAAAGCUGUAAUUCAAGAAGCCAUUCUGAUUCUAGAUGCUUUAGAAGAAUAAAAGCAAAUAAAAUUGUUACUUACAUCCA